CCGCUCAGGUAGGAGUAUAUAACUUUCAUGUUGGUAUGCAUCGACGUUUAAUUUGGUCAGUUACUUUCCUGCUACAGUCAUGUGGUGUUAUAUAUGGUGUUCUGUGUUUGUGGUCGGGUUGUGUGCUUCUGAAAUAAUUCUAUCAGAAAAGUAUCCAUUGUUCGAAACUAAUCGAGUAGUUACGAGAGUCGACGAGAGGAUCGUGGGAGGUGAGGAGGCGAACAUAGAGGACUACCCCCACCAAGUUUCCUUCAUUGUGAACAAUUCGUACUUCUGUGGGGGGUUCAUUGUUAGUGAGCGGUAUAUAUUGACGGCGGCACACUGCGCGCAGAAUGUAGACCCUUCAACCGUGGUCCUGAGAGCUGGUAGUUCAUUCCGCAAGAACGGCACAGUGAUUCCGAUCAUAGAAAUAGUACCACAUCCUGAAUAUGACGACCCACCCUUUGACAAGGACGUCGCUUACAUCAAGACCGCAGAACCCAUCCAGUUCAGUGAGACGAUGCAGCCUGUUGCUAUAGCGCCCAGAAAUAGACCAGUAUCGGGCCAAAUUAAUGUAUCUGGUUGGGGCAGAUUACAGCAAGGCGCCAGUUCCAUACCGAAUAGACUGAUGGCAGUAAGUUUGCCAGUAGUGAACUAUUGGCAGUGUUUCUUGGUGUAUCCAACUACGCUGACCAGGAAUCAGCUGUGUGCGGGGAACUUCUACUUUGGAGGAAAAGGGACUUGCCAGGGUGAUUCCGGCGGUACUGCAGUUCAAGAUAAUUUAGCAGUCGGUAUAGUUUCAUACGGAAGAGGAUGUGGUAGUGCCUUCGCGCCUAGUGUCUUUGCGAACAUCGCUUCGCCGACGAUACGUGACUUUAUUUCUAAGAACACUGGAUUAUAAGCUACUUUGUAUAGUAAUAGGUCAAUUAGAUUAAUGAUAGAUGACGUGGUUUUUUCAUCAUGCUAUCUACGAGUAACAAUAAUCUUGUAGGUCAAUAAUAAUAAUUAAUUUACCUAUU